AAACCAGGAUGAAUCCCUCCGGCUUCCACUCCUUCCUCCUCCUCCUCUUCUGCCUUCGCUCGAACGCCCAAGAAAAUGCUGUCUUGGAGACGUUCGACGACGUGGUCGACGCGCUGACCGCCGGCCAUCACGUCCAGCUGGUCAUGGACUUCAGAGCCUGCGGAAUCGAAGACGAGCUCGCGGAACUCGAAUUCGACCAAGCGGUGAUCAGCAUGGCGAUGGAGCCCUGGCAGCUCUUCGUCGACGACGGGCGAAUCGCCUUCUCCAGCAUCACCUUGGCACUGGACCCAAUCUUCGUCCGGAGCGUCGGGUCCUUGCAGUCCGACUCGGUCUUCGCCUAUCAGCUCGAGGAGAUCGCCGCGCUGGACUAUUCGAUCCUCUACAGCGGGUCCUUCGCCUGCGCCAUGAACGCCGGGGUGACCGUCUACGACCUCAGCGGGGCCAGCGCCGACGGCCGACGACAAGGCUCGACGCUGGAGACGUACGAGGAGCUGAAGAUGGCCCUGCUGAACGGGGAACGCGUGACGCGGGUGGCAUUCUACGAUCUCUGCCAGGAACCUCCUCCCUUCCGCUCCACGGCCGGCUCUCCCACCCGCGACUUCUACGUCGUCGACGAAGGCGAGGCAUCACCUCCGUCAUCCCUAGUGGUCCACCACCCGGUGCCGCUCUGGGGAUUCCACAACGAUUCCUACUUCGGGGCCCCGUUCCUCGGCUUCGCCCACCGCCACUACACAGAGGAGGGGAUGUUGAACUUCGAGGAGGUGGAGGCCUACGUGGACGGGUGGAUGAAAGUCAUUUAUCAUAGGAGGGUCAUGCCCGAUGGAGUCGUCGUUGCCGAAGAGUUCAACUGCUCCAUUCGAGACGGCGUCAAGUUUUUCGCCGCUCACCUUGACAGGACGCAACUGAAGAGCUUCCAGGAACUGUACGAUGCCAUCCACUUUGGCGGUCGCGUGACCGUCGCCUCCAACUUCCUGGAAUGCCCGGGCAUCGAGCCCGCCCUGAACGUGAACGGGGGGAUGCCCGUUCACAAUCCCUACGUCAUCACGCCGAAAGGUGGGGAAGACGAGAUCUUCUUCAGCGCAGGUGGAAUAAUCCGGAAUAAUUUGCCCAUCGGAGGGCCUUACCUCUACCAGAACAUUCCGGUCGUGACGUUCGCGAACGGGUCCGCGUUCGUCAUGCCUGGGGCGUACGUGACGGAGACGUUCGAGAACCUCGUGCCGCCGUCCUCGUUUUAUCAGUGCACGGUGAACGACGGGGUGGAGGGGGCGACGUACUUCUACGCAGGUGGAGGGAUUAUUUUUGGAAAAUCAGCACUCUCAGAAACUGUGUCCACGAUGGUGUCAGCAGUGCUGGCCCUUCUUGUCUUCUCAGGCAUGAUGACCUUCAAGGGGAUUCUUGCUGCUACUCAACUUGGGACCAUCUUAGGAGGAUAUGUUGGCUCAAUUUUCUUCAUCCUCAUUCUCACGAUGGGCUCCGAAUUGGCCAGGAGCAUAGAAUACCAGAGCUUCCGUGCCUCCAUACCACUGAAGCGCAUUGUGGUGGAUACAGAUGGGACAAAUCCCUGGCAAGUGUAUGACUGUGGCCCCAAGGAGGUGCGUUGCCCCUUGGUUUGCCUUCCUCCUGUUUCUGGCAAUCCCGAUGUCUUCUUCAAGCAAAUGCUCCCCCUCUCUGCCCAUGGCUUUCGUGUCAUAGCAGCAGCUUGGCCACCUUAUUGGAGUAUAAAUGCAUGGUGUUUGGGAUUCAACAAACUCCUUGAUCAUUUGGAUGUGGAUCGUGUUCAUAUCUUUGGAGCCUCCCUAGGGGGAUUCUUGGCUCAAAAGUAUGCCGAAUAUGUUCGACAGUCCCGAAGGAUUGCCUCCCUCAUCCUUUGCAAUGCAUUUAUAGACACAUGCGUCUUCCGGUAUCGAGAUAUCUCCUUUCUGUUCAGAAUCAUGCCAAAUCUCUUGCUGAAGAGGCUGCUUUUAGGGAACUUCCCCACUUCUAUCCAGGACAAGGAUAUCUCUGACUCCAUUGAUUUUGUUGUUGAAAAGCUGGAGAACCUGUCACAGCAGGAACUUGCCUCCCGGCUGACUCUCAACUGCAGUCCAAAUAAUGUCCAAGUGCAGCACCUGCAAAAUCUACCCAUCACUGUCAUUGAUGUCUAUGACAGGUCUGCUCUGACAUUGUCCGUCAUGGAGGAAGUCAACAAGUGCUACCCACAUGCAAAAGAGGCCCAUCUCAAGUCUGGUGGGAACUUCCCCUAUCUUAGUCGUAGCGAGGAAGUCAACCUCCACAUCAAGGUCCACUUGCGUCAGUUUGAAUCCACUUCCCUUCAGGCAAGCUGUCAUGGGAAUCAGCCCUGA